AUGUCGAAACAAUAUUUGACCACGCAUACCGUGGAUAAUGCCCACAUCACCGACAUCUUUUCCAUUGCGACGACAUCCAAAGCUGUGAUAUCAGGCAGUGGAUCUUCCACGCUUCACGUUCAUGAUACAACUGAUCCUUCAUUCCCACUCAAGCAGUCCAUCUCAGAUGCACACAAGUUGGGGUGCCACCACGUGUGUACCUCACGGAAUGGCAACGUCGCAGCGAGUGCUGGAUUUGGCGGCGAGGUAAAAAUUUGGAAAGUCGACAGCGACACUGGCGAAUGGAGUUUGGAUGGUGAGAUUACAGAAUCUUCAUCUAAGCCUGGUGAGGCUUGGGCUAUGGCGUUGAGUGAGAAUGGAUCUUACCUGGCUACUACUACAAACGAUGGCCGAGUCAACGUUUGGGAUGUCAUGGAUGAGAAGAAGCCCAAGAUUCGUGAAUACGAAACCGGAAGUGCUGGAUCUGGAAGCUUUGGCAUGUCAGUGGACUUGAGCCGGGAUGGGAAAUACACUGCCAGCGGCCACCAGAAUGGAUCUGUCUACAUUUUCAAUAAUGAUACAGGAAGAGUCCUGUACUCAUUAUCUGGUCUCGCAAAGCCUGUACGAUCAGUUGCCUUUUCUCCUGGUAACACUCGACUUGCUGCUGCAGGUGACGCUGGAAUCAUCGCACUCUACGACAUGAAACAUGGAGAACAUGUUGGGAACCUGACUGGACACUCCUCGUGGGUCACGUCACUCGACUGGAGCGAUACAGGAGAGUACCUGCUAAGUGGCUCAAUGGAUGGAAAGGUCAAGGUGUGGUCAAUUGAGCGAAGCGCGGAUCGUUACCAGUUCAUAUCAUUCGAAACAGAAACUUCUUGCGUCGCCAUGAAGCUGCCCCAUUACCUUAAUCAGGGUCUCAAACUAGCGCCUGUUCAUAGCUCUAUCGACUUCACUUACAAUUCACCAAGCGUCAUUCUCAGCAUUCAGCAGCGCCAUCUCGUUUUAACAUUAGGAGCUGAGCCCACUAUGCCCACAACUCGACGAUCCGCUGCCAGCGCUCGCAGCAGGGGCCCGCCAGCCAAGGGACAGUCUACUUUGAGCUUCUCAAACAAAGUCACCAAACCAGUACCCAAAAGUGCCAAGAAGUCUGCUAUCUCUGCUUCCAUUUCAAAGCUCGAUCCCAGCCAGCAUGCCUCACAGCGUGAGGUUGAAGAUAUUGUUGUCAACGACCAUGAGUCCACAGAGGCUGUCAAGGAAGAAGUUGAGGCAGUCGCAGAUAUUGAGGUAGUCCCAGAACCUGCGAAGUCUGAACUGGAGUCGCAAGCAGAGAAAGUUACAGACACACAUAUCAAGAAGUAUUGGAAGUCCAUUGAAGACCAAUGGACUACGCCGCGAUUGCACCAGCAAGGUGUAUCUUUGAGUGAGAAGGUUCUUCGAUAUUUCGAUGUCAGCUCACAAUAUGGUCCCUGUAUAGGCAUGCCUCGCAUUAAGCGCUGGAAACGAGCUGAACGUCUGGGUCUCAACCCUCCAAUUGAAGUCCUCGCUGUUCUUCUCAAGGAAGAAAGCAAGGGCAACGAUAAAAUCGAAAGGGCACAUAUGGACGAGAUCCUCAAUUCGACUGCUGUAGGUGCCUGA